ACUUUGUUGCAUUGCAUUCUUUUCUCGUCCAAAGCUAUCACUGCUACGUCGCGCAUUUCCAAUUUGUUGCUAUAUAUUUUUUUGUGCAGCCUCACACCAUAGAGCAAGGUUCUUGCUCUAUGCUCACACUUUCAAGUUUUAUUUUUGGGACACAUAGUAGACGCAGUUUGGUCGCAAAGUCACCUUCACAGAUUUCAGGGUCGACGUUGAAGAGCGUGCUGUGAAGAUGGCAGAAGAUGAUUACUUUGAAAUGAAAGAGGACAGAAUAUGGAAGAUUCGGCGUGCUGGUAAAAAAACCCACAAGAAGGAGUUGGCUACCUUUACCAUGACUGUGGAGGGUAUUAUAGAAGCAGGCACGAAGAGUGGCCUCCAAAUCGAAGUCAAGAGUGCCUUGGUUAAUGUGACAAGAACAUGCUUUGUCACAACAGCUGCCAUUCAUUCCACCAUCGAGAAAUUUUCCUCCGAACUGACCCACUCUUUCGGGAGCCAAGGUGACGGUGCUGGCGGCUUGUUCCAUUCAUUCAGUACGACUGACUUACGUCAUUUCUUCAUGCAGGAAAUGAGAAGCUUCCAUGAAAGGUGCAUGGCAGAGAACAUCGGCAUGAACAAAGUUGCGGCGAGCUGCAUUGGAAAGCAGCCCGGCGCAGAUGUUUGGAUGCUGUCUCCUGAAAUGCAGCUUGACGGAAAGGGAAAGGUGAUCAGUCGACAUGAUCAAAAAUACGUGUGGGUUAACAGCCUUUUGAGCGGCGCAUCCAGUGGCAGCCAACUCCUUGAGCUUCCACCUUCGUUCGAGGCCCCCACAGAGCAGCUGCACGAUGUGUUUGAUGUGCUCUUCCGAUCUCUGCAUGAAAAUGCUUUAUCUGCUAUAUUUGCAAUCGCAAGUGUGUGCAUGUGCAUGCACUACGAGACAGUGGUUAACACGUUCAAAUGCUGCCCGAUCCCAAUAAUCGUGGGAGACGUAAACACAGGAAAAACAACUGCCUGUCGCAUGGCAUCCCGCAUGAUGGGGCUGCACCGUAUUCUGGGCUAUACACGUGAACGGUACUUGCCAAGACAAACAUCAAGCUCCUCCUUUCCCGUCAUGAUCGACGACGUGGAGGGAAAGGACAUUGAGUCGCUGCUAACCAAGUACUUCAAUGGAGGAGUAGAUGCAACUUGUGCGGGGGAGAACGAGCCACGCACCUGCCCUGUUUUCACUGCAAAUUGGUUUGCAAUCGACAAAUUUGCCGGCAAUGCUAGGGCAAUGUCUCGAGCAGUUAUGGUCCCUUUUGUAAAGGCUAACAGGCAGGGCGGCCCUCGCCAGAGUGAAGCAGAGUUGCAUCGCAACAAGAUCGAAGACUGCGCGGUACAUACCUUGCCUGUGUUGAUAAGCUUGGGCAGAGACAUUGCAGAGAACAGCUUCAAUAUCCUCACCGAGUACAAGUCAAAAGUUCAAUCGGCAACGAAGGGUCUUGAGUGUGAGGAUAGAAUCUACUUGUGCUAUGCUGUGCUGCUUUUCGUAACAGAAGCUCUUAUUGCCAGAGCUUCCCUUCCGAAUGUACCAGUGGAAGCGGCUGAGGUGCAUUUAAGGGAGGUCAUCGCCCCGCAUGGUAUACAGAGAUACCAGACUGUUCAUCCAGUGAGCCAUUCACCUUCAGCCCUUUCAUCGCCAAGUCACCCAGAGUUUGACAUUCCAACGGUCAUUUUGAAGGCCACGGAUGCUGAGUGCGUGGGGAAGCUCCUCCUCGCCAUCAACCCACGCCUGGAAAUCAAAUCGGAGCACUCAGUUGUAUCAGGACUAGCCUUCCAUUUGAACGGGUUGAUGUCAAUCUUGCAAGACCACAAAAUUCCACAUUCAGCCAAGUUGGUGUGGAGGAACACGAUAAAGACUGACCUGAUGAUUGUUGACAAGGUUCAGGCCUUCUUCAAUACAGAUUCAAAUCACACCACAAUUAGCAGGUCACGUGCAAAUUCCACCCAUCCGAAAAAUAGACUUGCAACCUUCAUUCCCUUCAAGCGCUUCACCAAUGAGCAAUUGAAACAGUUGGAAAAGGUGUUCCAAGUACAGACUGGAUGUGAGGCAACCGCAGAUCAGGUGCAGGACGAUAUUGACUCUGUUGAUGGUGUAAUGGACAAGGAGACUGACAGUUCAAGUCGCAAUGCGGGGAAUUGGAAAGACAUGAAUACAACAGACAAGGAGACUGACAGAUCAACUCUGAGUGAGGGAAAAGACGUGGGGACAACAGACAUGCAGACUGACAGAUCAACUCGGAGUGAGGGAAAUGACGUGAGGACAACAGACAUGCAGACUGACAGAUCAACUUGGAGUGAGGGAAAUGACGUGAGGACAACAGACAUGCAGACUGACAGAUCAACUCGGAGUGAGGGAAAUGACGUGAGGACAACAGACAUGCAGGCUGACAGAUCAACUUGGAGUGAGGGAAAUGACGUGAGGACAACAGACAAGGAGACUGACAGAUCAACUCGGAAUGAAGGAAAAGACGUGAGGACAACAGACAAGGAGACUGACAGAUCAACUCGGAAGGAGGAAAAAGACAUGAGGACAACAGACAUGCAGGCUGACAGAUCAACUUGGAGUGAGGGAAAUGACGUGAGGACAACAGACAUGCAGGCUGACAGAUCAACUUGGAGUGAGGGAAAUGACGUGAGGACAACAGACAAGGAGACCGACAUAUCAACUCGGAGUGAGGGAAAAAACAUGAGGACAACAGACAAGGAGACUGACAGAUCAACUCGGAAGGAGGGAAAAGACGUGAGGACAACAGACAAGGAGACCGACAGAUCAACUCGGAAGGAGGGAAAAGACGUGAGGACAACAGACAAGGUGACUGACAGAUCAACUCGGAAGGAGGAAAAAGACGUGAGGACAACAGACAAGGACACUGACAGAUCAAGUCUGAAUGAGGGGAAUUGGAAAGACACGAGGACAACAGACAAGGAGACUGACAGAUCAACUCGGAAGGAGGGAAAAGACGUGAGGACAACAGACAAGGAGAAUGUCAUAUCAACUCGGAAGGAGGAAAAAGACAUGAGGACAACAGACAAGGAGACUGACAGAUCAACUCGGAAGGAGGAAAAAGACGUGAGGACAACAGACAAGGAGACUGACAGAUCAACUCGGAAGGAGGAAAAAGACGUGAGGACAACAGACAAGGAGACUGACAGAUCAACUCUGAAGGAGGGAAAAGACAUGAGGAAAACAGACAAGGAGACUGACAGAUCAAAUCGCAAUGAGGGGAAUUUGAAAGACAUGAAUACAACAGGUUGGUGA